AUGUACGGUCGAGGAAGCGGUCAGCAGCAAUACCGUGGUGGUAUCUCGUCGUGGGAUAUGCAGGCGCAGUCCACUUACGCGUCGUCGCCCUCGCAACAACAGCAACAACCGCAGCCCAACUACUUUGCAAGCAACAUGCUUUCUUCUGGUUCCAGAGAUGACGUUGGUGGUUACGCCGGAUACGCCGGAGGCGGUUCCAGCUCCCACUUUCCAUCCGGCUACCCGGGUCAGCAGCAGGGCAACGCUACCUCUUCAUCCUCGGCCAAUUCCCGUCCCAACACGUUUGCAAGUUUCUCUGAGGCCUUCACCGGCGGAUACAAUGGCAACCAGCUCAUGCCUCAACAGCAGCAGCAACAGACCCAACAGGCGCAAUCACAGCAGCAGCAACAACAGCAGCAACAACAGCAGCAACAACAACAGCAGCAUCAGCAGCAAACGCAACAGCAGCAACCACCGCCUACCACCUCGUACCGAAGCGAGCACAGCUACUAUCAGCCUUCGUCAGAUUCGUACGGCGCCAAUCGCGAUCGCUCAGCCCAGUCGCUCUACCCAUCCGCCAGCGACAGCUUUGCCAAAGACUCGCGUUUCGACAAUGGCUACUCUUCGGCAAGCGGUCAGCAGGACUGGGGCAACUACCAGGCGUCGUCGGGUCAGUCGGGUGCCAACACCGCUUCUCGAUCUCAGUCCAAUACGACCGCACCACCAUCCGCUUCACCUUUGGUAGCACCUUCUGCGGCCGCCUCGGCACAGCAACAGGCUGCAGCUGGAACCGGGCCGGCUGCGCCCAAGAAGCGUGGUCGCAAGCCCAAGAAUCAAACACAAGCCUCAGCCACUGCACCUUCAGCACCGCUAUCGUCAUCCGCUGCCGGAAAAGCGGCAGGCGGCUUUCCAGCACAGCAACAGGCUGGUUUUAUUGAUCCAUCUGCCACCAUGAUCAAGGCCAACGGAACCACGGUCAAAGGCAAGAAGGCUGCUGCUGCUGCUGCCGCUGCCGCUGCUGCUGCUGCUCAACCUGCGCCCGCUGCACCUGCCAUUGCUGGGAUUCGACCCAAAGGCAAACGUGGUCGCAAGUCCAAAGCCGAGCUCGCUGCAGAGGCAGCAGCGGCGGCAGCGGCACCAGCAGCCGUUGUUCAAGAUGCAUCCAUGCAUCCGCCUCCCGCCAAACGCAAACGACGUACGAAACUCGAAAUGCAAGCGGCGCGAGCAGCCGAAGCCGAAGCGGCUGCAAGGCAAGCUGCGCUGCAAGCAUCAGGACAAGCCCCGAUACCGGUCAAAGAUCCGCGGGGUCGCAAACCGGGAAGCAAGGGCAGCUUCACGAUCGCAUGGAACAAGGAGAUGGUAUCCAAGAUCCAAGGGUUGCGUGUGUUUGGCAACAUGAUCGAGGACGAUGCUACGCAUCAGGAGUUUGAUAAAGUCGUAGUAGAGCUAUUGAGCAUGCUCGAUGGCAAGUUGCCUGCAGACAAGAAGGCUUCCUGA